AUUUGCUGGAUCCAGAGAGGUUAAUCCAGUGUCCCCUGGUUAAACACCACUGGAUCAGAGCACGGAGGUUUCCCUAUCACCUGGUGAAGUGUAAGGAGAGCAACCCUGAAAUUGCAAAGAAAUUGGCCACAUGUCCCUUCAACGCUCGUCACCUGGUUCCUCAGGCUGACCUCAGCAACCACAUCAUGAAGUGCAAUGACAAAGCCUUUGUGGAGCAAGAUGUGGUGAGCCGGGCCUCUGUGUCCUCACAGGAGCAGCUGAAUAAUGGGAGCACAUGGCAGGCACCUCCCAGUGCUGAAGACUGGGAAACAGACUUGCUGGAGGGAUCUGAGUCUACUUUUGUGUGGGGUGUGAUCAACUCUGCCAUGAGCAGCCCCAUCAGUGAGCAGAACAACUCUCUGCCCUCCCGGAUGCGGCCCCCUGAGACCCUCCCGUACAGCGUGUCUGCAGGCCUAAUUCGGAGUAUUAGUUCCUCCCCUUGGAAUGUAGUUUUGCCCCAGCAGUGAGUGUCUCCCUGGUUUGGACAGAAGAGCUCCUGCAGAACGCAGACAUGCUCUGGACCUGAUGGCAGGACUCUACACCUGGCUUUUGUUGCCUGAUAUAUUUCUUGUAACAUUUGAAUAUGUGGAACUGUCCUUGGUUGGCAGAUGUUUCCCCCAACCAUUUGUUUUAAAAGUUACCCUCACCUUUAUUUGGUGAAUUUUGUUAUUGUUUUUGAAAAAAAAUAGACUGAUAAAUGUACACUGAAACCAUCCUAGCCCAACCUUGGGUCAUGGUGGCUCCCUGUGAACAGGAGAAACAUCAUAAUUGCCAAGUCUCAAGUUUUUUGUAACAAGAAAACUUAGAAGUAUUUUACUGUGCAUCCACAUCUUGUUUUUAUUUUGUUGGAGUCUGAGUUUCUCCACUCAGAGUAUGACAAGCAUUCAGGUUGGGUUUUAAACUGUGUUGUCAUUUGCAGAGACUGCUUUGAGGGCAUCCUGACCUUAACUUUUGCACCUUCACACCUUCAGCGUUGCCUUUGUCACCUUGGGCCUUGCCUUUGUCUCCUGUCUGUGAGGAACUUCCCCAGGCAGACCUUAACAGAAAAUCCUCUGCAAAUUCCUUGCAUCACACACAAUUCCAAACAGAGUGGACACUGAGGUGCUUUUUCCAGUUUCCAUUCGAGUUUUGCAGUUUUCUAAUGCUUGAAACGUGUUUGAGAGCUCUCAGGUGCCUGUUCUGUAUUGGGGGAGGAAGGGAAUAGGAAUGGUUUAAAUCAGUAAAAAUGCAUAUUUAGGACUGAAAAUGUUCAGAUCAAGCAGUCAAUUUCUAAACAUGCAAAGUACAAAAUGGGAUCUGAAUAUACAACCAUAAAAAAUUAAGAAGCCAGACAUGAUGUUUGUAUAGAAAGAGAUUAAUGCCUUCAUAUUUCCACCUAAAAACUGGAUUUCCACCAUCUGUAUACUACUACUAGAAAAUAAUACAUGUUGGCUUAAAUGUGCAAAAUUAAUAUUCUUUGAAAGUUCUGUCAACUUAUGUCAAGGUUCUUGUUAGCAAUUUAAAAUAA